CAUUAGUAUGGAGGGGCAACACGGGCGCACGCGCGCGCACGAGUGUCCCGCGUGGACGCCGGUAUAAAACCGACGCGCCAGGUUCACACAGUGUGUAUGUAAAGAGGAUCCGGUGUGUGAGGAGCGAGGAGAGCAGAGAGCAUCCAGAAAUGUAUCGAUUCACUAAAACCCACAUGACCUCACCCAUGUUCUUCCCUAGCAUGGACACAGCCCCCUUCUUUAAGGUGACUGUGUUUGAGCAGGAGCACUUCCAGGGCAAGUUCAUGGAGUUUACCUCCGAGUGCUGCAACAUCCAUGACUGCGGCAUGGACAACAUCCGCUCCAUCCGAGUGGAGAGUGGAGCUUGGGUGGGUUUCGAGCACCACGACUUCCAGGGCCAGCAGUUCAUCCUGGAGAGGGGCGAGUACCCCAACUGGGAGGCCUACAGCGGCUCUCUGUCCUACCACACCGAGCGCUUCAUGUCCCUGCGCCCCAUCUACUGCGCCUCUCACCACAGCAGUCGCAUGAUGAUCUUUGAGAGGGAGAACUUCAUGGGCCGCAACACCGAGCUGUGCGACGACUACCCGUCCCUGCAGGCCAUGGGCUGGUUCAGGCCCGAGGUGGGCUCCAUGCAUGUGCAGUGUGGCGCCUUUGUGUGCUAUGAGUACCCAGGCUACAGAGGCCAGCAGUACAUCAUGGAGUGUGAAAGACACAGUGGAGACUAUCAGAACUGGAGGAACUGGGGCUCCCACUGCCAGACUCCAAAGAUCCAGUCCAUCAGACGCAUCAGGCACUGAGGAGAAGCAGACCAGGACCGGCAACAGUGAUGGCUCAGGCUGUCACCUGGACGCUGUGCUUCAGGGGCCUGACUAUGAGACAAAAGCCUGAAGUUCCAGGCUUCAUUUGUCAGGACCGCGACUACAACACAAUCCAACAGUGACGUAGCAGCUACCUCUUUAUCCCAGCUCAUAUUUCUGUUGAUACUCAUUUUGUCUUAGUACAAGUGAAAUAAAUUCAGAUUGAGACCCUGA